ACCCUAUGGAGCACCAGAAGAAGGAAGCCGUGAAGACCUUGGAGCAAGCCGAAGAGUUGUUCAAAGCCAACGACCUACAAGGAGCACUGAUGGGGGCAGAGAAGGCUGGAGGCCUCUUCCCCUCCCUCCCUGGUCUCCCUAACGUGCUAGUCGCCUACCGCGUCCAUGUCAAUGCCAGGUUAAAAAAGCUACCGUCCGGGAAGACCGACUGGUACUCUGUCCUCUGCGUCCGACCCUCGUCCCUCCCCGAGGUGAUCAAGAAGAAUUACAAGAUCUUCUGCGACCUCACCCACCCUGGCAAGAACAAGUAUGCCGCUGCCGAAGGUGCUUUCAAGCUUGUCGAGCAAGCUUGGAGAUGCAUAAAUUCUUCCAUCACCAGUCCGGAACCCCAAAUCACAACAUCUCGUCGAUAUCCACCACCGCCUCCCGCUCGGUCUGGCGAUGCCAAGCCGAAACCAGCCACCAGGAAUUCUGAUGGCAAAUUGGUCUGUCCGCAUUGCCAAGCAGAGUUUGGCUGCAACAUUACAGUCGAGAGUCCUGUGCUUUGCAAGUGCCAGAGCUGCCACGGUUGCGCCGUGAUUACACCGGAAAACAAGUUCACCGGUUCUUCUCUUCCUCCUCGGCCAGGCACAGCACAAGCCACCUCUUUCACUCAGCCCUCUUCAUCGCAGUCGAGCAUGCCGAACUUUCUGCUGUGCCCCUUCUGCGCGAGUCGGAAUAGCUACACAGUAAUUGACGGCCUCUGCCGCAUCACUUGCAAGCAAUGUUGCGUUUCUUCUUCCAUCAACAUGGAUGGUGCUUCCUCCAACAAAAGCGAUCAAACUGGUGGUGCCUUGCCGCCGAGUUCGCAAACCGGCAUGGUGUGCCGAAAGUGCCGCACUCCGUAUGACGGUGAGAUACCGAUCGGCCGGCGGAUCCUUCGGAGGUGCAAGCUGUGUGGUUCAUGGGCUUCCAUCAAGCUGGAGAUCAAGCAAAUCACUGUUUACGAUGAUCAGCGGCGCACACUGGCUGCCGACCUGCCGAACCAAACUACUCGUGGCUCCAGGUAGUGGUGCCAAGCCUUCAGAUUCGCCGACCGCCGGAGAUUUGGUUCGUUGACCCUAUGUGUAAUGGGGAAUAAAGAGUAAUGGAGAUGGGAGGGGCCAGAAACAUUUUUUGUCAUGCCGUUAUAAUAGACAUAGGAGAAAUUUUUUAGUUAUUGAACUUUAAUUUUUAGUUAUUUUCAUCUUUAUCACGAUGGUUAUG